AUGUAUCACGUCAGAGUUUAUAAAUAUUCUAGUGAAAUCACAUACUGAUAAUACAAGGUCAUCAAAAUUAUCAUUUACAAUUAAUAUUUUUAUUAAAUUUAUGCAUUCAAUGAACUCAAAUCAAUAUUUAUAUUAUUAUUUAAUUAAUAUACUUAUUUGUUUUUUUUUUUUAAAUUUUUUAAACAUUAAUAUUUAAAAUUAAUUUAAUUGUAAUGUUUUUUAUUUUUAAUUUUAAUUAAUCUAUUUUAACAUGAUAUUAAUUACUCCAAUUAAAAAUUAUAUUUUGUAAAAAUUUUAAAUACUUUUAAUUACAUUGUUGUUGAUAUUAAUAAUUUUUUUUUUUUAAUAAUCAAAUUAUUAUUUAUAUAAAAUUUAAGAAAUUAAUACUGUAAAAGUAUUUUAUUCAAAGACAACUAUUGUAUUUUAAAUUAAAACUAUUUAAAUAAAAUAUUCUACAAUUUAUUUAUUUAAUUAAUAAAACUUGUAAUAAAUAUUUUCAACAAUUUUCAAAUAGCCAGAUCAUAAUCAAUAGGUUGUUAGCGACAAGCGACAGUCGUUGCUAACACAUAAUCGAAACUUGUUCUCUGUUUUUCUCUCUCUAAGUUUGCCUUUCAUAAUGGAAAAAAAAAAAAAUAAUCAUCAAGUGAAAAUAAAUAAUAAAUAAACAAUUCAAAUUAAUUAACACAUUAAUUAUUAAAAAAUGACUUCAAUAAACGACCUGGAUAAUAUGACCCUAGCUAAAAUAUUCGAAAAUCUUCCAAUUGUUGAUGGAAUCACUGUUCCACAUGUGUGUAAAAAAUGGAAAAGAGCAAGUUGGCUUGUCACAAAUUGGAAUCGAUUUAGAACAUUAUCAACAUCAAGUGUCACCUACAAAAAUCGUGGUUCUGAUUUUAAAACAAAGCAUGAUAUUAAAUCAGUAUUAUCACGAUGUGGAAGAUAUUUAAAACACCUAACAUUAGAAUGUAAUUUUGAUUCAUCAAUAAUGCCAAUUGUCAGUGAAUAUUGUUCAAAUUUAUUAAGUAUUUAUAUUAAUUUUAAUAAAUACAAUGAUGAUGAUUUUAAAAAUGCAUUUAAAAAAAUGAGUACAUUAAAAUCAGUUAAAAUUAUUUAUUUUCCAAUGUAUGAUGUUAUUAUUAGUGUUGAUGAUGAUACAGUUAGAAGACCAUUAAUAAAUGAUACUAAAAUAUUAUCAAAUAUGUUAUCAAAAACAGUUGAAGAAUUAUCAUUUUGUGUUAAUCCAAUGUUAAAUAAACCACUUGCUAAUAAUUUUGCAAAUGAGUUGAAACAUUUUACUGAACUUCAUUCGCUAGAACUUGUUAGAAGUUAUCUUGGGAAUGAAAUGCUUAAAGUAAUUCCACAACUAAAAAAAUUAGUAAGAUUAAAUCUUUCUGGGGCAUAUUGGUAUGGUGACUCAAUGGCAAAGAUAUGGGAUUUAAAUAAUCUCGAAUUUUUAGAUCUAAGUAAUUGUCCAGUAACUGACAGAGAAAUCAGAAUAAUAGCUAAAAAAUGUAACAAAUUAAAAUAUCUUAAUGUACGUAAUUGUGUUAUGAUAUCAAACUUAACACUUCUUACAAUGAAAGACGAGAAAACAUUUAAUCUCAUAACACAUGUUGACCUAGGUGCCCUCCAAAAAAAAAAAUAAUUUUCAAUAAAUUAUUUAAUUAUAAAUCAAAAAUUUUAAUAAUAAAAAUUUAUUAUUAUAAACAUCAUCAUUAUGAUUG